AUGGGCGUCAUCCGCAAGAAAACCGCCGCAAGAGGUGGUGAGGGCGGCGUUAAAUACGUUUGUGAUAUAUGCUCUAACGAUAUUACCUCAACUGUCCGGAUCAGGUGCGCACACAGCGCCUGUAAAGAGUACGAUCUUUGCGUGAAAUGCUUUACAGAGGGGUCGUCGAGCAGUGCGCAUGACCCUGCCACCCACGGGUUUCGUGUCAUAGAGCAGAACUCGUUUCCAAUCUUCGACCGAGAAUGGGGCGCCGACGAAGAGCUUUUGCUCCUGGAGGGCGCCGAGAUUUACGGGCUGGGCUCGUGGGCGGACAUCGCAGAUCAUAUUGGAGGCUACCGGCACAAGGAUGAAGUCCGCGACCACUACCUCAAAGUCUUCGUCGACUCGCCAAAGUUCCCGCUGCCGGAAAGAUGUAGCCCUCACGAUAUGGAACUGGCGAACGAGAUUUCAAGAGAGGAGUUCCAGUCUCGCAAAAAACGACGGAUCGAGGACCGCAGAGAGGCAGCAAAGAAUGCGCCAGCCUUGCAGCCCAAAACAAAGCCAACAGCCAGUGUGCCGGCGUGCCACGAGAUCCAGGGAUACAUGCCCGGCCGGUUAGAAUUCGAGACGGAAUACGCGAACGAGGCCGAGGAAGCGGUGCAGCUUAUGCAGUUUGACCCCGGCGAUGGGAUCAAUCCUCGCACGGGCGAGCUGGAGCCCGAGAUGGAGCUCAAGCUCACGGUGAUGGAGAUAUACAACUGCAGGCUGACGCAGCGCGCCGAGAGGAAGAAGGUCGUCUUCGAACACAACUUGCUCGACUAUAGGGAGAAUAGCAAAAGUGAAAAGAAGCGCUCGAAGGAGGAACGGGAUCUUUUGAACAAGGCGAAGCCUUUUGCGCGGAUGAUGAACCGGGACGACUUUGAGCAGUUCUGCCAAGGGUUGAUCGACGAACUCAACUUGCGACAAGCAAUCUCGCAGCUCCAAGAAUGGCGCACCAACGGUAUCGGCGACCUACGAAGCGGCGAGAAGUACGAACAGGAGAAGGCCUUGCGCAUACAAAAGGCGAUACCACUAGGUUCUAUGGACCGUGAGCGAUUAGCCACGACACAGCGCAACAAGCAGCAGCCAGCCCCAGACCCCCCGAGUGGCGCUGCCCUACUUGUGGCCCCCGAGCUACCAAUCCGAUCUGCUGCAAACCCCAACGGUACUAACGGCGAAUCGUCAAAUAGUGGCAAGCCGGAGUUUCUGGUGAACGGAAACCAUAUCAAUGGCGGGAGCGUGGUGGUUGCGAAUGGCGCGACCCCUGCAAAACGAAAGUUCUCUCCGCCGCCGCUUCAGGGAAUACAACCGAUGCCGUUAAGCCAGGAAAACGCUCCAGAUCUGCACCUCCUCACGCCAGACGAGGCGAAGCUGUGCGAGGUCCUCCGCGUCCAGCCGAGGCCAUACUUGAUGAUCAAGGAGCAGAUUCUCAAGGAGGCUGUCAAGGGAAAUGGAAGCUUGAAGAAGAAGCAAGCCCGGGAGAUUUGCCACCUUGACUCGCAGAAGGGUGGGAGGAUAUUCGAUUUUAUGGUAAACGCCGGUUGGGUUACCAAAGCGUAG